AAGAGAUUUUAGAGUAAGAUAUUGUCAAAGAAGAAAUCAUAAUAAGAUGAAGUAGUGAUGACGUGGAUCAAUAAGAAAAUAGAAAAAGAAAUGGAUAACAAACAUGCAAAGCCACACAACAUACACAAAUUAACCAUCACAUCACAUCAAAGAAGAAACUCAACGUAACACAAAUGUCUGACAUGUUACCUCCACCACCAAAAUUUAUUAUUAUCUCUAACUUUUUUCAUCAAAUAAAAAUAAAAAUAAAAAUAAAAAACACAAAAACAUUAUACAUUAAUUAAUUUUCAUUUUGAUAAAAAAAGAAAGUAAGAUCGUUGGUUGUUGAACUUCAAUCAAUGGUAGCAUGUAUCGACAUGACAUUCUCUGUAAUUGUUUCAUCUUCUUAUCCAUGUUUCUCCAAGCCCGCUUCAUUGUUAAGCAAUACUAGAAUCUUGGGCUUGGGCCCGGGCCUGGGUUUGGGCUUUGAGUUUCAGAAAAAUGGAAGAAGGAUAUUAAGGAGACAGUUGAAGUUUGUUAUCUCCGCACAGCUUUCUAAGUCAUUUUCAUUCACCUUUGGACUCGACUCUCCGAACUUGAAUUCCUUCCAAUCCCAUGAUCUAUCAAAGUUAUCCUGGAGGGGACCAGUUCCAGGUGAUAUUGCUGAAGUCGAGGCAUAUUGUAGGAUCUUUAGGAACUCCGAAAGGCUUCAUUCUGCAUUAAUGGAUGCAUUAUGCAACCCGUUGACUGGGGAAUGUACCGUCUCAUAUGAGGUUCCAUCAGAUGAGAAACCUCAACUCGAGGAUAAAAUUGUUUCAGUCCUCGGAUGCAUGGUAUCCCUUGUGAACAGAGGUAGGGACGAUGUUCUUACCGGAAGGUCCUCAAUUAUGAAUCCCUUUCAUGAUGCUGACGUUAGCGCAACAGACGACAAGCUCCCUCCACUUGCCGUUUUCAGGAGCGAGAUGAAAAGGUGUUCCGAGAGUUUACAUGUUGCCCUUGAGAGUUAUUUAAUACCUAAUGAUGAUCGAAGCUUAAACGUAUGGAGGAAACUUCAGAGACUGAAGAAUGUCUGUUAUGAUUCUGGUUUUCCACGUCUUGAGGGUUCUCCUUGUUACACACUAUUUGCUAAUUGGAGUCCUGUAUAUUUUUCUACUUCUAAAGACGACAAUGAAUCCGAAGACGUAGAAACGGCUUUUUGGACUGGCGGUCAGGUGACAGAAGAAGGACUAACGUGGUUACUUGAUAAAGGAUAUAAAACAAUUAUAGAUAUCAGAGCCGAGACUGUAAGAGACAAUUUUUAUGAAGUGGCUGUGAAUGAUGCUAUUUCGUCUGGAAAAAUUGAGUUAGUAAAAAUCCCAGUUGAAGUUAAGACUGCACCGACAAUGGAACAGGUUGUAAGGUUUGCGUCUUAUGUAUCGGAUAGCAGCAAAAGGCCUAUCUAUCUUCAUAGCAAGGAAGGAGUUUGGAGAUCAAUUGCCAUGGUCUCCCGAUGGAGGCAGUACGUGACUCGCUCUUUGUCGCAGAAUGUUUCUAGUCCAACAAUUGCUCCCUCUAACAUGUUAUCACAUUCUACAAAUAGCUCCGAGAAACUGCAGGAUUCUUCCGCGACUGCAGCAAGAUCCUCCCUCGAAAACGAUAUCACUUCAUUGCAAGACAGUUUCGACGCAACAAAUAGUUCUGUUGGGACAUAUGACAGAAAUAUCUCCGAAAAGAAGUAUGAUGAAAAAACACAAGGUAAUACAGCCUUAAUUGGAACUUCUCCUGAUAAGGACGGAUCUGUUACGAGUUUUUCUAGCAAGAUUAACCCGUUAAAAGCUCAAGUUCCUCCUAGUGAUGUCUUUUCUAAAAAAAAGAUGUCCAAAUUUUUGGGUAGCAGGAAGAUCUCACCUCCCGAUUAUAUCGAUUAUCAAAUCAAAAGGGCGAAAAGCUUACCACAAUAUAAGAACACGCCUAUUGGAAGAUUUCAGACAGAUGUGAUUGUUUCCAAUGGUGCUAUACCUGUGCCUAAAAUUGUGGUUCCUGAUAGCUUAAAUGGAUCGGCUCAUGUGGAUUAUCCAUCUCGAGAUCCCGAAGUUAUUGUCGGUGGCAAUGGGAAGUUAGUGAACGGGAAUACUUCCAGUUCUGGUAGGACAACAGUAAACGGAUUUAGUCAAGGGGAAUUACAAUACACGUCUAAUGCCAAUGUCUCUGGCGUUGUCAAUAAUGAUAGUGUGACAAAUAAAUCUCCAAGGGUUGAAGAUGGCACAGUUAAGGCUGGGCUAAAUUUACACGAUGAAGAAUUGAGAACCAUCGAAGGCGAUAUGUGUGCUUCGUCAACUGGAGUUGUAAGGGUACAGUCAAGAAAGAAAGCAGAGAUGUUCUUGGUUCGAACAGAUGGAUUUUCUUGUACAAGAGAAAAGGUCACCGAAUCUUCUUUGGCUUUCACUCAUCCUAGCACUCAGCAACAGAUGCUUAUGUGGAAGUCUACACCAAAGAAUGUGCUGUUGUUAAAAAAGCUGGGGGAUGAACUAUUGGAAGAAGCAAAAAUGGUUGCUACUUUUCUUCAUAACCAAGAGAAAAUGAAUGUUAUUGUGGAACCUGAUGUGCAUGAUGUAUUUGCUCGAAUUCCCGGUUUUGGAUUUGUGCAGACCUUCUACAGCCACGAUACAAGUGAUCUACACGAGAAAGUAGAUUUUGUGGCGUGCUUAGGGGGAGAUGGUGUUAUACUGCAUGCAUCAAAUCUAUUCAGAGACGCAGUUCCACCGAUUGUAUCAUUUAACCUUGGUUCCCUUGGUUUUUUGACUUCUCAUAGUUUUGAAGAAUACAAGCAAGACUUAAGACAAGUCAUUCAUGGAAAUACUUCACGAGAUGGUGUCUACAUUACUCUUAGGAUGCGUCUCCGAUGUGAAAUUUUUCGUAAAGGUAAAGCAAUGCCAGGGAAAGUAUUUGAUAUUCUAAAUGAGGUGGUUGUCGAUCGAGGUUCUAAUCCAUACCUCUCAAAGAUUGAAUGCUAUGAACAUGAUCGGCUUAUAACCAAAGUACAAGGUGAUGGAGUCAUCGUUGCCACCCCUACGGGAAGUACAGCCUAUUCCACGGCUGCAGGAGGUUCCAUGGUCCAUCCAAAUGUUCCCUGCAUAUUGUUUACCCCGAUCUGUCCACAUUCACUGUCAUUUAGACCAGUCAUACUUCCAGAUUCUGCUCGAUUAGAAUUAAAGAUUCCAGAAGAUGCUAGAAGUAACGCGUGGGUUUCGUUUGACGGAAAGAGAAGACAGCAGCUCUCAAGAGGAGACUCAGUCCGAAUACAUAUGAGCGAACAUCCGCUUCCAACUGUUAACAAGUUUGACCAAACAGGCGAUUGGUUCUGUAGCUUGAUUCGCUGUCUAAAUUGGAACGAGAGGCUUGAUCAAAAGGCUCUAUAAUCCACGCGAAAAUGAAGAACAAAGCAAGACUUUGUAUAAUUAAUUACUGUACAGAUUACUGAACUAAGAGCAGAUAAUUACUACCAUUAUAUUGCAUUGGCUUCCAUUGUAUAGAUAGGGUUUGCCAAUGGUUUUUCAAUAUGUUAUAAUGGCAAUAUUCAGUUGUAUAUACAAACUUUAAAGCAUGAAAUUGUUGAUAUUAGAAGCAGCUCAUUGUUCCAUCUAAAUAAAUAUAUGAUUUUCUUAUA